AUGGAGCCGCAGACUUCGUCCUUACCCGAUCUCUGUCUGCUCGUCAAGCAGCGAGACGUAACACGGCUUCGUGAGGCGUUGGAAGGUCACCCAGCACUCAUUCAACAGCAGCGAUGGUCCGGCGUGACAGGUCUUCAUCGCGCAGUAUCCGAGGGCGAUGUGGAAAUCGCUCAGCUCUUACUAAGCUUUGGUGCUGAUGUCAACCAACGAAGCACUUGGGGUUGGUAUGCACCACUGCAUUUGGCUUGCAAAGCUGGCUCGGAAGAGAUGAUCUGGCUGCUACUCAACAACGGGGCCAAUUGGUAUCUCCCUGACAAAACCAAGAAAACUCCCCUUCAAUGGGCUGUCCGCGCAGGUAAAGCCUCCACCGCCUACCGCAUUGACCAGCAGCUGCACGCCAAGGCCAAGUUGGCUCUGCAACAAGCACGCGAGCAACAAGAAACGACCAAGUCCCCAUUGACAUUCGCAAAACUUUGCGGAUAA